AUGCUCAAAAACUGAAGUCCCAGCAUUGCUGAAAGGCUGGAAUCGUAGUGAUCGAUCACUGACUCCUAACCACGAGUCAAGCCCCCGCUCUGAAAGUCUCUCUCUUCAGCUUCCUUCCUGCCUCUUAUUUGCUGAUAGUAUAUUCUUUUGGAACCGAGAAAGCACGGGAAUCUCGAGCUGCGCUCUGAUGACCUAAAGCAAGCGUCUUUGAGAGUAACUGUUACAUAGAAGGGGAGAGGAAUCGAGAUGGGUCUUCCAAGCGAUGAUCCGGUGGUCAUCCGGGCGCCGGAGAAGGCCGGAGAGCCGUCGGUCAUCACCAUCAGCUGUCCGGAUAAGACUGGCCUCGGCUGCGACCUCUGUCGGGUGAUCCUCUUCUUCGGCUUGAGCAUUGUUAGAGGAGAUGUGAGCACGGAUGGGAAGUGGUGCUUUAUUUUGUUCUGGGUUGUGGAAGGGAGGGUCAGGGCUUCAGAGACGAGGUGGGGAUUGCUAAAGAAGAGGUUGUUGGAGGCUUGCCCUCUUGUUUCCUCAGCCUCUGAGAUCUAUGAUUCUUACUAUAGAGAGCAAGAUAUUAUGGAGAUGGAGAAGAAGCCGCAGGUUUUCUUGCUCAAGUUUUCUUGUUACGACCGGAUGGGGUUAUUGCAUGAUGUGACAAGGGUGUUAUGUGAACUUGAACUCACAAUCAGGAGGGUAAAUGUUUCAACAACUCCAGAUGGGAGAGUCAUGGACCUCUUCUUCAUCACUGACACCAGGAUCAAUUGUAGAAAUGGUUCAAUCAGUAGACUUGAGCUAACUAGGGAAUUAUUGCAUACAAAAAAGAGAAAAGACGAGACUUGUGAUCAGCUGAAAGCUGUGUUAGGGGAAUUCAUAACAAGCUGUGAUAUUGAACAUACUGUUGAAGAUAUUACUGCUUUCCUGCGAGCUUCCUCUACUCUGCCCCGUUCUAUUACAGAAGACAUGUUCACUUUAGAGCUUCCUGAAGAGCCAUCUAAGGCACUGCUUCCUGCAUCAAAUCGCCUCUCCGUCACGAUGGACAACUCUCUAAGCCCUGCUCACACACUAAUACAAAUUCAUUGUCCAGACCAUAAAGGCCUUCUUUAUGAUAUCAUGAGAACUCUAAAAGAUUAUAACAUCCAGAUAUCCUAUGGGCGUUUCUAUUCAUACCAAGGUGGAGAAUGUGAGGUGGACUUGUUUGUUAUACAAAUGGAUGGCAAAAAGAUUAUUGACCCAAACAAGCAAAAGGCAUUAAGUGGUCGCUUAAAAAUGAACUUGUUCUUACCUCUACGUGUUGCUCUUGUGAAUCGUGGACCUGACUUGGAGCUCUUUGUUGCUAACCCUGUUGAAUUGUCUGGCAAAGGCCGCCCUCUCGUACUCUAUGACAUCACCCUUGCCCUCAAAAUGCUCCAAAUUCGCAUUUUUUUGGCGGAGAUAGGAAGGCAUACUAUUGGUGAUAGUGAGUGGGAAGUUUACAGAAUCCUCCUCAAUGAUGACCAUUUUCUCUCAUCAUCAAAGAACAAAAUUGUUGACAGAGUAACAAAGAUGUUGAUGGGUUGGGAUUGAUUAUCAUCAGAGUCCCAAUUUCCUCCUUGCUUUGAUGCUUAACUUCUAACGAACCGUGGAGGUCCAAAGCUUAUUUUCUUCAAAUUAUUCCAGUUCAUGCAGUUCUAGGCUAGCAUUGAGAAUGUGAACUAACUUGCCUCAUCUGUUAUAUAUAUAUAAUGUGGAAGAAAGAUAAAGGAAGAUGAAAGCAGCUUGCUAUGGAUGUCUGAAGGUUUGCAGGUCAUCUAAUCUUGUAAACAUUUAAGCUGAUUACCUACUUACUUUUGUUGUUCAUGUUUACUUCUCACUUGGUGACUUAAACUUGGAACUCUUACAAAUGUAUAUAUAAUCUUCAAGCAUAAAAUAAUUUAGAAUGCGCUACGAGA